UCACUUCACACUUGAUUACUAGUAUCUAUCAAAAUUAAAAUAGCAACCCGGCCGCCUUUGCUUUGUUGUCUUCUUCACUACAACGCCACUUAACGAAAAGUAUUAUACUACGAAAGAUCUGUAUAUAUUGCAGCUGAAGUUUCUUUCAUGAGCUAGCUGACACAUUCUUUUUCUUUGUUACUUCAAACAUUAGAAAAGUUCCUUUUCUGUCGACUUCUUCCCAAAUUGUGUGUGUGUGUUUUUUUAUAUAUAACGGUCAAACUCACAUUACUUUGUUCUUGUCAACCUUGUUCAAAAUAUCUUCUUAUUUAAACAUUUGUUUCUUGUGUUUAUCCUUCAUACUAUAUACAUGUGUAAUAUUCACAAGGUGGCCAAUUCACGAGAGAGUUUCAUAUCUAGUAGUAGUAGUAGGAGGCCUAGACAUGAUCAAGAAGAGAAUGUGUUUGAAACGAUGUUUUUGGGGAAUAUAAAUAGGGAAGAGGAAAUGUCUGUCAUGGUUUCUGCACUAACCAAUGUUGUUGCUGGUCAAGAUCACCAAGUCUUAUUGGCUGAUGAAAAUAGUGCAGCUGAUCGGAAUAAUGUUGGUUCAGGUUCUUCUUCGGUUUCUUGGGGUGUGGGAGAAAAAAGAGGACGUGAAGAGCAAGUGCAGCACUUCUUACAUGGAAGUGCUUCUGAUAUGAGAUCAUCAGGUGGUGAAGGUACAAGAGUUAGGACAAUUACAAGCAACACACCAACAACAGAAGCAACAUUUAUAUACACUACUUCAACAAAUCAUGAUCAUCAAAAUAAUAGCAGUGAUCAAUCAAAUAAUAAUAAUGAUCAACCAAGAAGAAAAUACAGAGGAGUUAGACAGAGGCCAUGGGGAAAAUGGGCAGCUGAAAUAAGAGAUCCAUAUAAAGCAGCACGAGUUUGGCUUGGAACUUUCGACACGGCUGAAGCAGCUGCUAGAGCUUAUGAUCAAGCUGCUCUUAAAUUCAGAGGCAGCAAAGCAAAACUCAAUUUCCCAGAAAAUGUCAGAUUAAUUGAACAGCCUCCUAAUUUAUCUGAUUCUCCAAAUGCCCUUUACUCAGUUUCUUCAUCACCUGAACCAAUAGUACACACUUCUUCUCUGUAUCGUUCCAAUUUUACUGGACAUUCCCCAGGGGACGAGCCAAUAGUUCACACUUCUCAGUAUCAUUCCAAUUUUAUUGAAUAUCCUCAGAGGGACAAGCCAAUAGUUCACACUUCUUCUUCUCUAUAUAGUUCCAAUUUUACUGGACAUUCCCCAGGGGACGAGCAAAUAGUUCACACUUCUCAGUAUCAUUCCAAUUUUAUUGAAUAUCCUCAGAGGGACAAGCCAAUAGUUCACACUUCUUCUUCUCUAUAUAGUUCCAAUUUUAUUGACGAACCAAUAGUUCACACUACUCAUCAUCAUCAGACUCAAAUUUUCAUGAAUGAUGAUGAGUUUCACAGGAUCCAGGGGCCUACUUAUUUUCCAUUGGUUAAUAUUCAGGGAGGUACUACUAGUCAGAGUAGUGGAAGUGAUUUUCCUCAAGCUGCAGCUUCUAAUUGGUCAAAUUCGGUUAAUUAUGAUCACCGUUCUUCUUCUUCUGGAUAAUUUUAUUGUACUUGAAUAUUUCAUCUUCCUAGAAGAUUUGACUAGCUGGUAUAUAAUAUCCAUCACUUUGAUGUGAUUUUUUUGAAUGUAUUGGUGAACAAGAAUUGGCCAGCAUCUUACGUAGACGAGUUCCCCUUUCUAUUUUUAUCAUGCUUUGGGAUGUAUCGAGUUAAGUCGGAGGAAGAAAUAAUAAUUUUUUGUGAUUCCAAA